AUGGGUGCUGCUUAUCAUUUCAUGGGGAAAGCUAUCCCCCCACAUCAACUAGCUAUUGGAACAUUAGGACUAUUAAGUUUAUUGGUUAUUCCAAAUCCUUUCAAAAGUGCUAAGGCAAAAACUGUUGAUAUCAAAACUGACAAUAAAGAUGAAGAACAAUUCAUUGAAAACUACUUGAAGAAACAUUUAGAAAGGCAAGAUGCGUAA